AUGGCGCGCGGUGCAACCGCAGCGGAUAAUGGCGGAAGUGGGAGAUCGGCCGCUGCUGGCCGCCGCGCGGCGGCGCUGGUGAUGGCGGUGAACGGACGGCGCGUGGCGGUGUGCGAUGUGGAUCCGCGCAUGUCGCUCAGCGAGUUCCUCCGCUCCAGGACAACGUUCACCGGCACCAAGCUGGGCUGCGGGGAAGUUGCGCGCCCCUGGGCUGCUGUCGCGGUCGUGCAUCGUGGCUGCGGAGCAUGUGCGGUGAUGGUGGCGCGCUACGACCCUCUCACCCACACCAUCCACGACCGCUCGCUCAAUGCCUGCCUGCUGCCACCCAUCCUUUUUCCUGCUUCCACCUACCCAUCCCCGCCCCUAUCAUCAGGAGGGUGCGGGGCAUGUGCAGUGAUGGUGGCGCGCUACAACCCGCUCACCCACACCACCGACGAGCGCUCUCUCAAUGCCUGCCUGCUGCCGCUCGCCUCGCUGCACCUCGCCGCCAUCACCACUGCCGAGGGCCUCUGCCUCUCUCCGACGCCAACACAUGCGGAGGAGGUCCCCCCGGGAAGCGGCGACGGUGUGGGCACAUCCCAGGGUCCAUCACAGCGCGCGGCCAUGGGUGGGCCAAGUGACGGCACAUCUCUCCACGUGGCUUCACAGCAGCCGCAGCAGCGGGACCUGCACAGCUGUUACCAGCACGGGCGGGCAGUGGUGCCCCACGCGGUGCAGCAGCGGCUGGCGGGGUUCCACGCAUCGCAGUGUGGCUUCUGCACGCCCGGUGUCGCCAUCGCGCUCUAUGCCGCCCUCCGCCGCCACCGCUCCCCUGCUGCUGCUGAGGUUGAUCGAAAAGGGGGGUUUAUUGAGGCUGUAUCUGCUGCUCCUGUGGCAGCGGGUGGUGGAGUGGAGGUGGUGGAGGGGCUGUCAGAGGAGGAGGCGGAGCAGGCGAUGGCGGGCAACCUGUGUCGCUGCACGGGCAACCUGUGUCGCUGCACGGGCAACCUGUGUCGCUGCACGGGGUACCGCCCCAUCCUUGACGCCUGCAAGAGCUUUGCUGGUCCCGCUAGCAGCGCAGGUGCAGAUACAGUGGGUGGAGCAGCGGGGCUGAUGGAUCUGGAGGAGCUGGGGUCGUGCGCUGCUGGGCAUGCUGCGGCAGGGGCGCGGGCGUGCAGGGUGGUGGGGCUCAGCGAGUUCGCCGCUGCUGCAUCAGCUGAGGCGCCAGCACAGGGACGUGCAGUGGCGCAGCGGGGCACCAAGUGCAGCGCUGAGGGCAGCGGGGUGUGCAGUGCUGAGGGCAGCGGGGUGUGCAGUGCGCGUGGCAAGCCCCUGCCCCUCUACAACCCCCUCUGCGACCCGCCCUUCCCCGCAUGGCUCAAGCUGGAAUCAAAGCAGCAGGCCAGCCGGUGGCAGGAGCGCGCAGGGAGGGGGGUGAACGGCGAGGGAGGGGAGAUGCUGGUGUGGGAGCACUGGGAGGAAGCAGGGGUGGGGGGAGAAGGUGGGUUGUGGGGAGAGUGGGGGUUGGAGGGAGAAGUGGACGUGGCAGGUGACGGUAGUGAUGGUGACGGGGGCAGCAGUGCAGGAGCUAGUGCGGAGGAGGCAGGGGGGCAGCCGGGGAAGGGGUGGAGGAGAGGGAGCAGGAAGGUGAUGUGGGUGGCGCCCAGGAGUCUAGAGGAGCUGAGAAUGGUGCUGCUGAAGUCAAGGCACGGAGGGAGCAGUGAUGAGGGGAUGGGAACAGGCGAGGAGGGAGGAGCAGGCGGGAGCAGCAGCAAGGAGGAGCAAAGAGCAGGAGGAUCAGGCGCUAUCCCUCGGGGCGAGUGUGAGAGUGAGUGGGGCGAGGUGCAGCUGGUGGCGGGCAGCACGGCAGCAGGUGUGUAUCCUGACCUGGCACGCUGUGACUCCAUGGCGCAUGUCACUCUCGUGGACGUCAAGGGACUGCCGGAGUUGCAGCACGUGGCGUGGGAGGAGGGGCCUGCUGGGGAGGACGGUGAGGGGGGUGAGAGGGGAGGGGGUGGAGAGGGUGGAGAGGGUGGAGAGGGUGAAGCAGCAGGGAAGGAGCGUGUUAUGGGGAUUAGGUUCGGUGCGGCUGUGACUCUAUCGGAUGUGAUUGCAGUGCUGGAGGCCGUGGCGAGGAAGGUUGGCGCUGGUGGCUCGGCUGCUGCAGACUACAGAGGCCCUGUCAUGCACGGCUGGGAUGACGCCAACGGGACAGCAUCACCACCAGCAGUGGCGGCGGCGGCGGCAGUUUUCUCGCGAGUAGCAGCCCAUGUGAGGAGGGUGGCGGGGCCGCAUGUGCGCAACGCUGCCAGCAUCGGUGGCAACCUUGUGCUGGCUGCGUCUCGCCGCGCCUUCCCCUCCGAUGUUGCCACUCUGCUGCUGGCGCUCCAUGCUUCUGUGCGCACCGCCACUCCCUCUCCCGGUCCCCCCGCCUCUGCAUCUCUCACAGGCAGCACAGCACGCAGCGAUGGGUGGGUGUGGGAGGAUCUCCCACUUGAGGCGUUUCUUCACCGCUCCCGACUCCCUCCCACCAUUCUCCUGCACUCUGUCUUCCUGCCCUGCCCCACGCCCUCUCCCCCCCCUCCCACCUCGCCCUCCUCUACCACUCCUCAGCUCGUGUUUGACUCCUUCCGUGCCUCUGCCCGCCCCUCUGGCAACGCCUAUGCCUAUGUCAACGCUGCCUUCCUCCUCCACAUCGCCCCCUCCUCCAUUCCACCACCCUCCGCCUCCUCCACCGCCUCCUCCACUGUAACCUCCUCUCCCCAUCCCCCGGCCCCCAUCAUCCAGUCCGCCCGCCUGGUCUUUGGCGCCUUCAACGGUCCGCACGCCAUCAGAGCCCGCCGCGCCGAGGCCUGUCUGCUGGCACCCAAUGGUGUGCUGACACCUGGCAGCGUGCUGGCGGCGGUGAGGGCAGUACGGGAGGAGGUGGUGCCCGGUGAGGGCACGCGGUGGGCGCAGUACCGCGUGGAGGCGGCCGUGGGGUUCCUCUUCUCCUUCCUCUCGCGCCUCCUGCCCCACACCACCACCCUGCCACGGACCGACCUGCCCCACACCACCACCCUGCCACGGACCGACCUGCCCCACACCACCACCCUGCCACGGACCGACCUGCCUCACACCACCACCCUGCCACGGACCGACCUGCCCCACACCACCACCCUGCCACGGACCGACCUGCCCCACACCACCACCCUGCCACGGACCGACCUGCCCCACACCACCACCCUGCCACGGACCGACCUGCCCCACACCACCACCCUGCCACGGACCGACCUGCCCCACACCACCACCCUGCCACGGACCGACCUGCCCCACACCACCUUGCCUCAGGCGGACCUGCCAGGGAAGAGCACAGGGAAUGGGGAUGGCGCAGUGGGUGCCAGCAACACGCGCUGCCCUGAGGAGGCUCACGGCGCUGCUGCAGGGGCUGAGAGCAGUGAUGGGGCGCAUGGCAGCAGCGGGCAGCAGCACGAGGUGAUGAGGGGCCGGCAGGUGAUGAGGGGCCGGCAGGUGAUGAGGGGCCGGCAGGUGUUGUGCGGCCGGCAGGUGUUGAGGGGCCGGCAGGUGUUGAGGGGCCGGCAGGUGUUGUGCGUCACCACGGACGUCGCUCCUCUCGCCCUGCCGCUGCCCAAGCUGGGUGCCGACCUGCAGGCCACAGCGCCAUCCGCACCUGUCUGCUCCCGCCCAUUCGCAUCCCUUCCUCGCCCCAGCCUCACGCCACACUCAACGCACACACUCUGUCACCCCCCUCUCUCCCAUUCGCCCUCUCCCCUUUCUCUCUGCCUCCUCUCCCUCCUUUCCCUCCCCUCCCCAUCAGGCCACGCCAGGUACGUGGACGACAUGCCAGCGCCAGCCGCGUGUCUCUACGCCGCCUUUGCAGUGGCCACGCACCCCUGUGCUCGCAUCACCGCGCGCUGCUACAGCGCUGCACUCGCCUCCCCGGGAGUGGUGGCGGUGCUGGACGCCUCGCACCUGCCGCCUGGGGGGGCCAACGUGGCCUCGCUGCUUGUGGGGGCGGCGGACACGCUGUUUGCUCACGACAGCACGGAGUUUCAUGGCCAACCUGUGGCCCUCGUGGUGGCAGACUCAUACCGCCACGCACAGGAGGGCGCACGCAAGGUGCACUGCUCCUACCACCCCUUUCCUCUGCCUGCCGCAUCGCAGCCAGCAGCAGCAGCAGGAGCAGCAUCAGCAGCAGAAGAAGCAUCAGCAAGAGCAAGAGCAGCAGGAUCAGCAGAAGAAGGUGUAUCAACAGAUGCAUCCAGUGCAGGCCGGGGCAGGCGGGGUCCCCUUGUGACGAUUGAGCAGGCGGAGGCAGAGGGGGCCUUCCUCCCUCUCCACCCCGCCUUCCUCAACUGCCUGCCUCGUCGAGGAAAUUUCCAGGAAGCUUUUGACAAGAGCCCAUUGAAGAUCAGCGGAGAGGUGCGGUCGGGCUCACAGCAGCAUUUCUACUUGGAGCCGCAGGCAGCGCUGGCAAUACCAGACGAGGGGGGCAGCAUGACGGUGCACAGCGCCACGCAGAGCCCCGAGCACACGCAGCAGGCCGUGGCCCUCGCCCUGGGCCUGCCCCUCUCCUGCGUGCGCGUUGUCACCCGCCGGCUGGGUGGCGCGUUCGGUGGCAAGACGGUUCAGGCCAGCCGUGUGGCAGUGGCGUGUGCGCUGGCAGCGCAGCGACUGCAGCGCCCUGUGCGCAUGGCCUUGGACCGCAAGGCCGACACGGCGCUCACAGGCGGGCGGCACGAGGGGCGCGCACGGUACGACGUGGGGUGUGACGGCACGGGGCGCGUGCACGCACUGCGCGUGCGGGCGGUGCUGAACGGCGGCAGCAGCGCCAGCACGAGCUGCUGGCUGGCCGCUAACUACGGGCCGGCUCUGGUGCAGUACGCGUGGGGGGCACUGGAGAUCAACUUCAAAGUGGUCAGGACGGACCUACCGACGCGCAGCCCAGUGAGGGCGCCAGGCGAGGUGCAGGCGGUGGUGGUGGCGGAGAGCGUGAUGGACCACGUCGCUGCUGCCCUGGGGCUGCCCCCCCUGCUCGUGCGUGAGCGCAACCUUAUCACCACCCACGCCCUCCGUGACUUCUUCCCUUCUGCCUUCCCCCCUCCUCCUCCUCCGCCUGCUCCUGCUCCUGCAAAUCCUGCUGCUCCUGCUGCUGCCAAUUCUCCUGCUCCUGCUGCUGCUGCCACACCCGCUGCAGCAGAGGGGGAGGAUAAAGAGGAGGGGGAGGAGGAUGAGGGAGCGAUAGCACAGCGGGUGUGGAGGGAGGCGAAGGCCCUUGCGGGCUACACCGAGCGCGCAGCAGCGGUAGAGGCAUUCAACGCGGCACACGUGUGGCGCAAGCGGGGCGUGGCCAUGGCGCCGGCACUCUACCACGUGGCGCUGCUCGCCAAGCCCGCACGCGUGACGGUGUUUGGCGACGGGUCGGUGGUGGUGGAGGCGGGCGGCGUGGAGAUGGGGCAGGGGCUCUCCACCAAGCUGCGCCAGGCCGCUGCCCUCGGCCUCAACGCCCUCUGGGGCACCACUGCUACCGGCACAGCAGAUGCUGCCUCCUGUGCCGCCGUGCUGCUCGCCUGCCAAAAGCUGCUGCCCACGCUGCUCACCGCCAAGGCUGCAGCCGAGCAGGCCAAGGCAUGCCAGCGGGUGAAGCGGGAUAGCGGACUUAUUAAAGGGGAGUCACGAAUAGGAGAAGAUGACGUGGCGGUGGAGGAGGGUGACUUGGCGAGGUGGGAGGAGGUGGCAGCGCAGGCCAAGGCCAUGGAGCUCACGCUCUCAGCGCAGGCGCACUUUCAGCCAGACCCCUCCCACGCCUCCUACUUCACCUUUGGUGCCGCCGUCUCAGAGGUGGAGGUGGAUGUGCUGACAGGGGCAGUGGCAGUGCUGCGUGCUGACAUACACUAUGACUGUGCGCGCAGCCUCAACCCGGCUGUCGACAUUGGCCAGGUGGAGGGGGCGUUCGUGCAGGGGCAGGGCUUCUUCACCACGGAAGAGGUACUGCUGGAGGAAGCUACCGGGAAGCUGCUGUCAGACGGCACGUGGGCAUACAAGGUGCCAUCAUUCGACACCGUGCCCCGUCAGCUCAACGUCUCCCUCCUGCAUGGGACAGCCAACAAGCAAGGCGUGCUCUCUUCCAAAUCAUCUGGCGAGCCCCCGCUGCUGCUCGCUGUCUCCAUCCACUCCGCCAUCCGCCACGCCAUUGCCGCUGCUCGCCACCAGUUGGCCCACCCAACCACACAAGCAGGCAGUGCAACUGGCGGGGUCUGGGGAGAGUUUGUGCGGCUGAACUCGCCCGCCACCAUGCCUGUGGUGCAGCGUGCGUGUGGGUCGCAGCUGGUGGAGGCUUAUCUGGAGAAGCAGCUCGCUGCGUCUGCUGCUGCUGGUAUUGAUGCUGCUGACGGCGCUGGUGCUAAAAUCAGUGAAGCUGGUGCUUUUCGGGAUACUUAG